AUAUCUAAACUUCAAAGUCUAAAAAUCACUUUUAAUGUGCGGCUGAAUAUACGCCAUGUCAUAAUGUAGUAUAAAACUUGGUUGAUUGAAUUUUUAUACCUUUAAUUUUGGUACAAAUUAUUUUUAAUACUCAUUCAUGGAUCAUUAUAUACGGGAAUAUAUUGGUCACUUCUAAUAAUUCUCACAAUGGCGACAGGGGGAGGAGAGACGAACAGACUUUCUGAUGAAACUUUUGUUUUACUAUGUUCCUUAUGCAAACAUAAAAACAAAAAUACGGAAGCUGCCAAGUUUUGCGUGGAUUGUCAAGAUUAUUAUUGUUCAACUUGUGUCAAGUUUCAUGAAGAUAUUCCUGCAUUAUCCAGGCACAAGAUUCUCGACAUCGGACACUUCCAGCCAGGAACCAGCCAGAUGAUACAAAUUGUUCCCACUGAACGCUGUGACAGACACAGUCACAAACAUGUAGACAUGUAUUGUCAGAACCAUGACGAUGUUGGCUGUUCUACGUGUAUGGCGGUUGAACACAAACAUUGUCGAGAUACUUUCUAUAUACCAGACUUUCUGCAAAACAACAAAGGCACAACAGCAUCUAAGGUUAUAAAUCAGAAACUAGAAACCACAGAGAAACUGUUGAAAGACCAACAUACAAACUUCAAACAAGCGAAAAAACGCCUAUUAAAAAGUAAAGACGUCUGUCUGGAGGAGAUAAAAGAAUAUAGAAAAGAUAUCAACCAAAGGCUUGAUGUGCUGGAGCAGAACUCUGUAAAAGCUGUAGAUGCAAAAUACAAACCAAAGCUGGACAAACUAGAUGAACAAAUGGCCAACAAUCAGAAAACAAAGGUGAAAAUAUCAUCAGCUAAAGAUAACUUAUUAAAUGAGGGUAAUAAUGAAUCACAGAUGUUUGUCAGCACAAAGAAAGGCAAAAAUGUUGCCGAUAAUGCAAUCAAAUUCAUUGCUGAAAUAAAAGAGGAAAUAAAGGGAGAGGAUAUAAAAUUUAUAACAGAACCGAAUCUAAUGUCUAUGUUAAGAGAACUAGAUCUUUUAGGACAUUUAGAGGAGAUCGAUACCUGGACACAGUCUAAAAAUGAAUGUAAUAAUGAUAGUAAAACACAUCAAAGUACACAAAGUAACAGUAAGAAACAAGCUGCCAGAGCUACACAAAACGUAGUAGCGAGUUAUAUCGAGACACAGUCUACAGAUGAACAUAGUAAUAACAGUAAAACACAUCAAAGAAGCAGUAAGAAGCAAGCUGCUAGUGCUACACAAAAAGCAGAAGAGAGCACUACCAGGCUGAAGUCUUAUGAUGGAUAUAAUAAUGAUAGUCAAAAGUAUCAAAGUACACAAAGUAGUAUAAUGCAAGCUGUUAGUGCCACACAAAAAGCAGAAGAGAGUGCUACCAGGCUGAAGUCUUAUGACGGAUAUAAUAAUGAAAGUCAAAAGUAUCAAAGUACUCAAAGUAAAAUGCAAGCUGUUAGUGCUACACAAAAAGCAGAAGAGAGUGCUACCAGGCUGAAGUCUUAUGACGGAUAUAAUAAUGAAAGUCAAAAGUAUCAAAGUACUCAAAGUAGAAUGCAAGCUGUUAGUGCUACACAAAAAGCAGAAGAGAGUGCUACCAGGCUGAAGUCUUAUGACGGAUAUAAUAAUGAAAGUCAAAAGUAUCAAAGUACUCAAAGUAAAAUGCAAGCUGUUAGUGCUAUACAAACAGUUUCCAAUGCUUUAAUGAAUGUCAAAAACAAGAAGAAAUAUAACAUAAGAAUAUCAUCAGACAAAAAGGAGUGUUAUAUUUACAGUGCCUGUGACCUUGAUGAUGGAACCAUAAUACUAGCUGACAAUAAAAACAGUAAACUGAAACGUGUGGACAGUUCAACAUACACUGUCACUGACUACUGUGAUGUAUCUGGUAACCUAAUCCAAGUAUGUAAGAUCAGUAACCAGGAAGUUGCUGUCAGCUGUGGUGUUAGUAGAUACAUUCAGUUUGUUUCACUUGGAAGUAAAAUGGUACCAACCAAACAGAUAAAAACUGACCAUUGUGUUAUGGUCUAGCUUAUGCUGCUGGACAUUUGUAUAUUUCAGACUAUACAUCAGUAUACAUACAUACUGUAUCAGGCAGCAAGCUGCAGCAGUUCAACACGGACCCGUCUGUAUGGGGACUGUUCUCCAACACCUUCAGUCUAGCUGUCAGUAACGAUGGUUCCAAGAUUUAUGUUGCUGACAGGAACUAUGGACUGAUCUCACUGGACAGAAAUGGAAAGGUUCUUGGAAAAUAUAAUGGACCAGAGUUGAAAUAUGCAAGGGAUGUUUGUAUAACAAAUAAUGGAAGUGUGCUUGUGUGUGGGUCUGGAUCUAAGAAUGUUUUACAGUUUACACCAGACUGUAAGAAGAUAGGGGAAGUAUUGAAGUGUGAUGCUGAAUGCCGUACUGUCUGCUAUGAUCCUAAACAGAGCAAACUUAUUGUUGGUUGUAAAAAGGACAGUAUUGAUGUGUAUGAUGUUGUUUAGCUAGAGUUAAACAUCUCAAACAAAAUGAUCCACUUGUCCACUUCAGACAUUAAUCAACAAAUUUCAUUUUUACCAGUAAAGACAGAAACUGUUCUCCGAUACCUAAGAUUUACAACAAAAAAUUUGAACUUUGUUGUUUUAGACAGAAAUGGAAACUUGUUGUUUUAGACAGAAAUGUAAACUUGUCAAGUUCUUGGAAAAUUUAAUGGACCAAAGUUAAAACAUGCAGGAACUGUUCUCCUCUACCUACAGUCCAGCUGUCAGUAACAACAGAGCAAACUUAUUGUUGGCUGUUGACUGAAUUCAGGACUACACUGAUGUGUACAAGUUUGUUUAGCUAGAGAUGAACAUCUCAAAUACAAUUAUCUACUUUGUCUACUUUAGACAUUUAUCAACCAAUUUCAUAUUUACCAGUCUGGACAGAAACUGUUCUCCGCUACCUACAGUCUAGCUAUGGAAGCGUGCUUGUCUGUGGAUCUAAGAAUGUUUUACAGUAUGUAAGAAGAUUGGAGAUGUAUUGAAGUGUAUCCACCUCUCUACUUUAACAAUUAAUUAGCCUAUUUCAAAUUACGGAAUAAUCUACCUUCAAAUUCUUGCAAAGAGCUUUCAGCAAAUGAGAAAUAUUAUAAAAACUCAAUGUAUUUUAAUGCUAAGUUUGCUCCUAUAUAAGAAUAUUUUUGGGUUUCAAUUUUACAGAAGUUUGGAAUCUGUUAUAAAAAUGAUCACAGAUGACUGUAUUUUCAUACUAUUACAUUACAUGAACAUUUUCAUAUCAGCUCAGACAAUAUGGAAACAAGAGCUGUCAUGAGAUAGCCUGCCUGGCUAACUCGAUGCUGGAUAGUACAAUAGAAUAUAUUUAACCCUGCUAAAUUUCUGUAAUAAACUGUUACAUUUUUCAAUGUUGACAGUACCAUUGACUGUUAAAAGGGGUGCUUCCCAAAAAGAUACUGACAAUGGCGAACAAUGCAGACCAUGAUCAGACUGCACAGAUGUGCAGACUUAUCUUGGUCAGCACUGGUCGCAAAGGCGGAAUCACUUAAAAAUAUGACGAAAAUUAUUUGAAAGUUUUUCACAAUAGGCACAGCUUUUAUCAAUAAUCAUUAAUAAGAACUAAUUGCAAUAAUUUCAUAUUUUUUCUUUAAUGUGCUGUGUGUAAUUUCACGUAAAGUUGCAAAUAAAAAGGAAAGCUGAUUUUAGUUCAAGGUAAAAGAUGCAAAAUUAAGAAAAUAUUGAAGACAGGGUUACGAAUAUUGUUAAAUAAAUGACGGUUUUGAUAAUAAACAAAAUUUUAAUCAGAAGUAAAUGCACAGAGUAAUUUCAGUACAAGUGGAAGUACACACAAUUUUAGUAGUUGUAAACUGGGCAGAAAUCAUGAAGUAUUGCAGUCUAUAACAUAUGGUGAGAAUGAUGUUAAUGAACAAGUAUUCCAUUAUGUUUAGUUUUAUUUUUUUUUUGUUUUUGUUUUUUUGGUUGGAUUUAACGUCGCACCAACACAUGAUAGGUCAUAUGGCGACUUUCCAGCUUUAAUGGUGGAGGAAGUAGUUUUAUUUGUUGGAUGGAGGUAAAAGUGGCUAUUUUCAUAUCACUUCUUUACUGACAGUUCCAAGGCAUUGCCCCCAUUUUCAACUUGCAUUUUGUCUGACAUUUCGUUUUAUAUUGUAUAUUGUCUUGUAGUUAGGUGGGUGUUUCUUCCAUUCAUCCCCUCUCCCAUAUUUAAUGCCUUCUCCCGUUUACUGACCCUUUCCCAGCUCCCCUUUUUAUCCUAUCCCCAGGUAUUUGUUGAUGGAUAUUUGAAACAACCUGUCUAUAAUAGUUCUACUUGUGGAUGGCCUAUGUUGCAGCAUGUGGCUCUAGGUAUAUUUGCUAUACAGUCUCCCAUAUUCCUUUAGUAAAGGUUUUCAUAAAUAUUUUUAUGAAUAUGUAUUUAAAUAUAUUGUGUCAUAAAACUUCAGAUUUUAAUCAAUAUUGUAUUGUAUUGGUAAUUGUAUUGUAUUGUAUUGGAGCUUAACAAGUGUGGUAACUGUAAAAGGUGUGGUUAUAUUUUCUGGUCCUUUGGCAUCUUAGAGUUCAUUCAAUAGAGUUCAACUUAAGCCAGUGCUAGGGGGUUCGAGGGUUGUUUAUCAUUUUACUGGUCAGAGACUACCAAUUCAAACAAA